AUGCCUUCCAAAAAUGCCAAUGUGACGCAAGUCACAUAUGAAGGGGUUCCAGUGGAGACAAUCUUGGACAGACUGGUUUUGAAGCCGGAGAGCCCAAUCGAAGCUGGGAGCCCUUCAAUUGUAAGGGGGAAUAAGAGAAAACUGAGUGGGUUGGGAAACCCCCAGUUUAAGAAAGGAAAGAAUCAGUCGUCAUUGGAUUCAGAUUCAUCUGAGUCCAGCUCUUCUGAGUCUGACUCCGAUUCUGACUCUGAUUUCCCCCAAAUUGAUGAGCCUUCUAAAGACAUAGAUCAGCUCUCAAAAUUGGUGGGCAGUCUGGAGGUGAGGGAAGCAGCGAUGGAGUCAGCACAAGCCAACUCCACAGCCUCACUUUCAGCUGGCAAUUCGCCAACAACAACCAAGUCAUGCAGUGCCCUUCCCCCAAAGGAUCCUUUUCUGGAGGUGUUGGACUGGGCUGCCCAAGGUGGAGAUUGCAGAGGCCAAAAAGGCCCGCAACGAAGCCUGAAAAACUGA